AUUUCAAGUGCAGGCUCCUCUUAUCAUCGUCAAAACGAACAAGGGGCAUGGUAGUCACUUCAUGUCGAACAAUCGUAAGUAAUCUUAGAGCUUUUGGCAAUUCCAUGUUUCCAUAAAUUGAUGGCCAAUAUAAACAUAGAGAGAGAGAGAGAAUAUAGUUAUUAAGAUGGAUCAGGAACAAGUUGAAAUGGUGGGGAAGCUGUUCGUGGAUCGGUACUACCACCUCUUCGACAACGAUAGAGCUUCAGUUUCUUCGUUUUAUCAGCCUAGCUCCAUGCUGAACUUUGAAGGGCAGAAGAUACUAGGCGUUGAUAACAUAUCUUGUAAGCUUAGUCAGUUACCGUUUGAUAAAUGCAGACAUGAUAUCAGCACCAUUGAUUCGCAGCCGUCGUCCACGUCCGCCGGUAGCAUUGUGGUGUUUGUCAGUGGCAGCCUCCAGUUGGUAGGGGAAGAACACUCCUUAAGAUUCAACCAGAUGUUUCAUUUGGUUCCGAUUGCGCAAGCAAAUUUCUUUGUGCAGAAUGAUAUAUUUCGCCUCAAUUAUGGCUGAGAUUUACACUACUCAAUUACUGCCCCAAAUAUUGUUGGCCUAAUCGAAUAAACAUUAUACUAUACUGAGUUUAUUUUUCUCUACAUAUUUAUCAACAAAAGCUUCCUUCUGCUACUGUUGUUCCAACUUCUAAGCUGGUCCUUCGAAGUAAUAGUUACGCGCUUGUCAUGUGUAAAAAUGAGCUAAUUUAGUCAACUGUGAGGAAUAAAUUAAUUAAACUGUUGAUCUUGAACUUUAUAAAAAUUUGCUCUGUUUUAAUCUUUCUUAA